AAGUUUUGUAACCCGUGUCAUGAUGACCGAUGACACAACAAAAUUUUUGAAUGCCUGGGUGAAAUCUUUUAAAGACGAACCGCGACAUUUGCUAUGUUCCUGGCAUGUUAUGAAAAGUUUAAAUAAAAACCUCAACUCCAAAGUAAAAAAUGAAGUGGUUCGAGAAAACAUGAAAAAAGACAUGAAGCUGAUAAUACAUGAAUUGGAUGAAAUUACUUUUUCAAAGUUAGCUGAAAACUUUUUUGUACAAUACGAAGAGGAAGAAGCUUUUCUCAGCUAUUUUCAGGAGUAUUACAUGUACAGAGCAGAAAAAUGGGCAUAUUGCUUUAGAAAGGGUUUAAAAAUAAAUACGAAUAUGAAGUUAGAACGGUGGCACCGCCAAAUCAAAUAUGAGGAAUCUGGCGGUGUUGUUAUGAAAAGACUGGACAAAUUCUUACAGACAGUAAUGAAGGCAAUGGCAAAAAAACUUAUCAAUAGGGUUAUCGCUAUUGAACGCGGUAAGCUGACGAACCGCGUCAAACUUAUUAUGAAACGCCAUUUGGAAAGCACUAAAAUGGAUGCCAGUAUGUAUUCAGCUAUGCAGAUGAAUGAUGGACAAUAUAUUGUAUCAAAAGAGGAAGAUGGAAAAAUUUUUACAUAUGAAGUGGAAAAAGAGAGCAGUAGCUGUAGUUGCACUACUGCAUGCAUAGAUUGCAAUAUAUGCAAUCGCACUAUGUCGUGCAGCUGUGUAGACUUUAGUAUAAGAUACGUAAUCUGCAAGCAUAUUCACUUCGUAUGCCAAAAAUUUAAAAACGUGUGCAAAAAAGUCGAAGAGGAUAUUUGCCCUAGUACAUCCGAGGAGAAUAUGCUGGUUACUGAUGACGAAAUUUCUAAGAAUACUGAAAAGAACAUUAUUUUAAAGCAGAUGAAUAAAAAACCUCGGAAAGACAUGAAUGAGAAAAAAUUAGCUAUAGAACAAUAUUGCAAGGAUAUAUCUAGUGAUGCCCAAUCCAUUCA